CACUACGGCCACACUGGCUCGGGCAUGGGCCUCGCGGCCAUCUGCGAGAGCGUCCUGGGCGAGCCGCUGUGCAAGGAGCCCGCGCUGCGCUGCUCCGACUGGGGCGGCGCGCUUUCCCCCGAGCAGGUGAGAUACGCGGCCUGCGACGCCGUGGUGGCCGUCGCGAUCCUCGCGGAGCUGCACAGGGCCCACCCGGAGCCCGGCGGCCUCGGCCUCGCGUCCUGGUGCGGCAGGUUCGUGGGGCAGACGAAAAGCCCGCGGGGCCGCGCCCGGAGCGGCGGGCCGCCCGGCGCCCGUCCGCCGCCGGCCUGGCCGCCGGCCCGACCGCGAAGUGCAGCAAGCUGUACGACGGGUGCCCGCUGCUUGGCCCCUCCGGCGAGUACCUCUACAGCGUCGGGAGGAAUCGGGAG